GAGAAAAAUCAUAGCUUCGAGGAUUGUCCAAGCUCUUCAUUUGUCCUUCCAACCACUCACUCUCUUCUGUGACUCUCUUUCUUCCUCGGCAUGUAAGGUAGAACACUCUUCCUCUCUAUGACAGAUGUCAAACAUGCGGGCCUCUCUCCCGCUCUCGUGGAGACCAUUGCUGGUCUGUUGGCGGGCUCAAUUGCCACGCUGACUGUCCACCCGUUGGACAUCGUCAAGACGAGGAUGCAAAUACACCGGAGCAGCACCUCCCCUUCAGCAACGCUCAGCACCCUCUCCCUCAUCAGAACCCUCGCCCAGGCCGACCGUCCCCUCGCCGCCCUCUACCGCGGCCUCACACCCAACCUAGUCGGCAACGCCAGCAGCUGGGCCUCGUUCUUCUUCUUCAAGUCCCGGAUCGAGCGCGCGAUCGCGACGCUCAAGGGCGACGGCACCCCUCUCACGCCGGCCGACUUCUUCGCCUCGUCGGGCCUCGCCGGCGCCGCGACGCAGGCCAUCACGAACCCCAUCUGGGUCCUCAAGACGCGCAUGCUGUCGUCGGACCGCGCCGCCGCCGGCGCGUACCCGAGCAUGUGGGCCGGCGCCGCCAGGCUCAUGCGCGAGGAGGGGGCUUGGGGGUUCUACCGCGGGCUCGGCGUCGGCCUGCUCGGCGUCAGCCACGGGGCCGUCCAGUUCGCCGUGUACGAGCCGGCGAAGCGCAUGUACCUGGCGCGCCGGGCGAGGAGGCGCGCCGCGGCCGCGGCGGCGGCGUCAGGGGACCUGGAUGGGGGCGUGCGCCGCGGCGGCCGCGGCGGCCCCAUCGCCAACGAGGCGACCAUCGGCCUCGCGACGCUGUCGAAGCUCGUCGCCGGCGCGGUCACGUAUCCGCUCCAGGUCCUGCGCAGCCGGCUGCAGAACUACAACGCCGAGGAGCGGUUCGGCCGCGGCAUCCGGGGCGUGGUGAGGCAGCUGUGGAGGGAGGAAGGGGUGCGCGGGUUCUACAGGGGGCUCGUGCCCGGGGUCGUGAGGGUGUUGCCGGCUACGUGGGUGACGUUUCUCGUGUACGAGAACGUCAAGUAUCACCUGCCUCGGUUGGUCGACUAGGGGACGAAGGCCAGUCGGUGCCUUGUCGCUUGAGAAGGAUGGUUUAUCAACCAUCCACGCGCAUUUCUUCUAUCACGGCGUGUAUGUCCUGAUAUGUGUAGCAAUAUUUGUUUUGGGUUCCCCUUCCGGGCAGUCCAAAAGGUUCUGUCUAAACGGAUCCCAAAUCAGGAGCGUUCGUUCUCCUUCACUCAUGCGUAAGCUCUUCUCGCUGAAUCUAUGCUCUCUUGCCUGU